UCCUCCCUCAUCAGCUCCAUUUUUAAAGUUGAGCAGCUUCAAAUACUUCCUAUCAUUGUCAAGAAAAUCAUAUUUGGUCUCAAAAUCCAAUAUUUGAGGAUCUCAAUUCUCGGCACAGCAUUGAUAUUUUGUCUGCCAUUAGGGAAAAAGCCUAAAUAAAGAUGGUGCCCUCUGCUAAUAUUCUCAUAGGCAUCUCCUCGGACCCGAAUCGCAGCAGAGAUCUCCUCUCCUGGGCCGUCAAUGUCUUGGCUCAUCCCAAUCACCACAUUGUUGCCCUUCACGUUCUCGCCGGAGGGCAUGCUAAGAAGGGUGGCGAGGUCUCAAAGUCGAAGAAGUACCAGUCGAACGUUCGCAGAGCAAAGGCCUAUGUUAUAUCGCUGCUCGGAGAAUUUGCUAAGAGCUGCCAGUCCAAGGAGAUUCAUUUGGAGGCUAAAGUAGGAUUCAGCACUAGUGUUGGCAGAGGACUAGUCCAGGAAGCAAAAUCACUCUCCACAGAAUUUCUUCUCCUCGGAGGUUUGAGAGGCCAAGAGAACCAAUAUCCAUACAAAAUCUUAAGGUAUUGCCUUGACAAUGCCCCCAGGGGCUGUGCGGUGGUCUCCAUCACAAAAUUCGACAGAGCGCAACCUUACUUGGACUCCAAGCAACUUGAGGCAGAAUCAUACUGGUCCACUUCAAAACUAAUGUCCUCCCCAGUUUCAAGCCUUAUCGAGUUGAAGAGUAAGAACUCUUCUCCGAGAACUGUACUCGAUGACUUCUUGGACAUAUCCCAGAGCACAGUGGGAGACAGUUCAUGCUUUGAUGACUCGACCGUCAGAUCAAGUACUCACGAUUUCAAAGGAACAGAACCCGACCGGAAAAAGCAGAUGUCCCCUUGCAAAUUCAUAUCAUCUUUGCUAAAUUCAUCCCUGAGAAGAAGAAAUGGAAGAGCUUCAAAGGGACAGAAAUACCAGCCUCCUCUAAGAUGCUUUAGCCAUGAAGAGAUCUUGAAUGCUACAAAUAACUUCCACCCAGACAACAUGGUGGGACAAGGUGGGUACUCAGAGGUGUACAGAGGAGACCUCAGGGAUGGGAAGGCCAUAGCAGUAAAGAGACUGGCAAAGGACAACACAGACGAGGCCAAGGAAAAGGAGUUCCUCUCGGAGCUGGGGAUAAUCAGCCACGUCCGCCACCCGAACGCCGCGAGCUUGGUCGGUUACUGCAUUGAGAAUGGACUUUACCUUGUCUUUGAGUUUUCCCUCAAUGGCAACUUAGCCUCUGCCUUGCACGGUAAAACGGGCGAGACACUCGCAUGGUCCGUGAGAUACAAGAUUGCCAUAGGAGUUGCGAAAGGUUUGCACUACCUUCACAAACGCUGCAAGCAUCGAAUUAUACAUCGGGACAUAAAGGCCUCAAACAUACUUCUCGGCCCCAACUACAAACCACAGAUAACUGACUUCGGGCUGGCAAAAUGGCUCCCGAAUAAGUGGACACACCACGCUGGCAUUCCGAUCGAAGGCACGUUCGGGUACUUAGCACCAGAGUACUUCAUGCAUGGAAUUGUGGAUGAGAAAAUCGACGUUUUCGCAUUCGGAGUGCUCCUACUAGAGAUCGUUACUGGCCGGAGGCCCGUCGACUCGUCAAAGCGAAGCCUCCUCCUCUGGGCAAUGCCUCUGAUGGAAUCAGGAGAAAUAGCUCAAUUGGCCGAUCCAAAGCUGGAGGGCAACUACGAUCUAGACCAGUUGCGCAGGGUGGUGCUCACGGCCUCGUACUGUGUAAGACAAUCCUCGAUAUGGCGCCCGAUCAUGAGUGAGGUUUUGGAGCUGUUAAUCAACGGGGAGGACUCAGAAGCAGCCAGCCGGAGCUGGAGAAUACCAAAGUCUACAUCUGAUGAAAUGGAUGAUUAUUCCAUGGUUUUCGGGUACGAAGUCCCGACAGACAUUUCCUUGGAGGAUUCUUUAUAGUUUUAUCCCUAAACAAAAUAACAACUUCAAAUAUAUACACAUGCGCAAUGCGGAGUUUGCUUAUUUUAAUCGUUUGAUUAACCCCUUAGCCUGACAAAAUUUCCGCUGAAUUUUCUAAUUAAAUAACUUCAGAUUUCUUCGGUCAAGAAAUAUGAGUAGUGGAUCAUUAAUUUGUAUAAUUAAAGAAUUUUAUUAGUCCUUUCUCUCUAUGUUAUUGUGAAGCAUUUAUGAUGUUCUCAAGUUACAGGGUAUCAUCAGUGCUAUUGCUAAGAGGUUUUCCUUAUAUUGUGGUCUGAUAGUUGUAAUCUUAUACUUCUACUUGUCAAUAAAAGAACAGAUACUUUGUGUCAUA